AAAGAGGAAAAAGAUCAGGUUGACCUUUGUUCUGCUUUCAGGCAGACAAAAACAAGCAGAGUAUAAAAGGAGAGGCAGCAGCUGAGGGGCACAUUUGUUUUUGCACAAGGGCUGCUGCGACUCAACGCCGCGCAGGGGCAAGCUUUCGACAAAAAAGCAGAUAAGGAGAGACAAGGAGGAGCAGGAGGCAUGUGGGCGAGCCUCAGCCUGCUCCUCGCUCUCUGCCUGCUCCAGGGGGGCAGCGCGGAGAGCGAGGGGGACGGCGGGUCACGCUGUCAGCCGCCGCCCGAUUGGAAGAUCGGGACGGUGGAACCCAUGAAGGCCAUGAUGGGCCGGGUGACGGUAGUGGCCCUUUUGCAGGCUAGCUGACUGUUCUGUUUGGUGCAGGCAUCCAGAAUGGAUAACCUGCGCCUGCAGAUGGAGAGUCAGGGUUUGAAACAUGUGACCUACAUAGUGGUCAACCAUCAGGGGGCGCAAGCACAACAUCUGCAUCCCAUGCUGGAGCAGAGGUUGUCCACCAACAUCGCGCUCUUCAAACAAGAAGAACACCAGCCGGACGUGUGGCAGUUGCUGAACGGAGCCAAGGAUGACUUUUUCAUCUAUGACAGAUGUGGACGCCUUACUCGCCAGAUUUCACUUCCAUAUUCCAUCAUUGGCCAGGGUCACAUUGAGAGUGCCAUCAAGGAUACCUACUGCCAGCGCUUAUGUGGCACUUGCACAUAUGAGAGUGCUGAAAUCCCACCAGAGUGUCAAACAAAUACAGAAGUGCCCCCCGAUGCUGUCCCAGCAGUUGACACCGAAACAGGACCUCAAGGUCAUCACCAUCACAUGCAUCACCACCCUCCCCCCCAUCACCACCAUCACCACCACCAUCAGCAUGCGCACCACAAUCACGACCCCAGUCUGGGUCAUGAUCAGCACGGAAACCACCAAGUCCAAAGCCAAAAUCGCCACAGUUUAGGGGAACAGGCUGGUCCGGGGCACUCGAACUUAGAGCCCCAGGAGGCACAGGGUGCGCCAGUGAUGCAGCGGCCGUGAGCAGCCGAGAAGUCGAGCUGAAAAUCCAAGUACGACUGACGGACCGCCGGUUCCGACGGUGACGUCGCUACCGCGGCCAGCUGAUGCUGACACUGACGGAGGCUGUUGGGCGAGACAGUCGAUCCGACCCUGUGACGCUGUCAAGAGGCGCUACCCGCCACAUGACAGUGACACGGGAGGGACGAGUCCAAUCACAUCAGCGAGACCUGACAGUGACGCUCGUCCCCGGUCGGCUGACAGCCGCCUCAGCCGGAACAGUGACCCUGACCCCUGGGGGUCACGAGCUGAGAAUGAGGCCAUCUGUAAAGCUGGCCGUGAUAUCAUUCUCGAAUAGGAACACCAGCUCACGUCACCCGGCGUGCAGUUAGACCGCCAUGUUCCCAACUGACCUUUUCCCCUUUUGAACCCUUCCAUCUUUUAUGAAACCAGGCGCACAAACUACGCUCUAGUGGCGUCUGGGUGAAGUCAGGAUGGCAGGGAUGGGAGACAGGUCAUGAAGGAACAUGGUGGACAGUUCAACUAUUUGUGAUUUUUGUUUUGUUUUGAAAAAAUAGCAGUAUGACUAAGACAAAUUUUCAAAAAGUAGGACUUUUGUCUUGUAGGCAAGGCUUUAAAAAAACUACAAUGGGCAAGUGAUUAACACAUGAUAGGUUCAAAAAAGAAAAAAAAGGAUCGACGAAUCUCCUUGGCAAACGUUAGCUCCUCCAAAGCUUGUCUUUUGGUGAAGAGGUAUCACGUCUUCAUAGUUCCUUAGCAACCAACAUGACUGCCUGUCACUACACAUUCCACCAUAGAUGAUGAAGAAAUAAAAAAAUGAACUAUAUAGAAUAUAUCUACAUAUUAUUGUUGAGGGGGAUGCAGCUAAAACCACUGAAGUACAGAAUGUAAGAGAGUUUGGCAUGAGAAACUAAUCUUUGGAGGGCAUAGCCUGAAUGCAUUGGCUUAUUAAGGCACAUUAAUUACAUGGUUAAGCACAAUACUAAUUCAAUUUUUCAUGCACAUAUCUUUUUUUCUUCCUUGUACUAGAUUUUCUUUUAAAUUGCACACAGCUAAACAAAGUUAAAUAAAAAAACACUGUCGCAAAGAGAAAGGAAUGAAGUUUGGAUGACUUUUGUAAUACACACUGUGGUUAAUGAUGGUUUCUGCGGGAAGGUAAAAUGUCACCCGGAAAUCUGAUGCCCUCACAGAGGAAUGUAUUGAGAAGUGAGUUUGUGAAUUAUACAUGAUGUGAAAAGACAGUGAAAUAAACUUUGAUUGGAUCGCUU